AUGGCAGGAGUAGGACUUUUCUGGUAUGUUGAUGAUUUCUACUCUCAAUGCGAUCCGGAGAAGGAGAAUUUGUGUUUGUGUGGACAUCCGAAUGAGUCGUGGGAAGUGAAUCUACCGGCGGAGGAAGACGGUCGCGAAAUCUCUGUUUCCGAAACGAAGACAGCCGCUCCCUCCUCCUUGUCUCAGCUUCGUUCGAUAGUGAAGUUGCUAUCAAGUGUAGAUGAAUCAAAGACUGUAAUCAAUAGUAAGGAUGAUGAAGGAUGGGCUCCUCUACAUUCUGCUGCUAGCAUAGGCAAUGCAGAGCUCGUUGAAAUCUUAUUGACUAGAGGUGCUGAUGUGAAUGUCAAAAAACAAUGGUGGUGGCACUGCUCUUCAUUAUGCUGCUAG